CGCCGCGUCUACCCAUAAUCCCACGCAGCGGUGGGUUGAACAGCAAGCUGUUGCUAGGGUGACGCGCGCAUGCCCGUUAAACCGUUGCACGGGAGUAGGCAUAGGAGAAGAGCGUCCUCACAGCAGAUUGCAGGGAAUUAAUCCUGGACUCAACUUUUUUUUCAGGCAAGAUGCCCCUCUUCGGGAGCACAUUCAGCCCAAAGAAAGUACCACCAAGGAAAUCAGCCUCCCUGUCUAACUUGCAUGCGCUGGACCGGACAACUAAAGAGGUAGAACUGGGUUUAGAUUAUGGUUCCCCAAGUAUCAACAUUGCAGGUCAAAGCUUGAAAUUUGAAAAUGGGCAGUGGAUGACUGAGUCAGGGGGGACUGGAUCACAGAGAGAGGUCCAAAGGCUGCGCAAGAGAAACCAGCAGCUUGAAGAAGAAAACAACUUGCUGCGUGUUAAAGUUGAUCUCUUACUGGAUAUGCUCUCAGAAGCGGCAGCAGACACCCACUUGAAGGAAAAAGAAUUGGAGGAAAUGAAAAAUCUGAGUGGCAGGAGGAAAUGAGUUUAUUGUUAGAGAUGGACUAUCUUCCAUAUUGAGCAAGCAAGUGGCAACGAUUCACCAUCUGAUCUGAUUGAUCACACUGACCAAAAAAACUCACGUGACUUCCUUAAUCAGCGAAGCUUCAUUUUUUAUAAAGAUUGUCCCGGAAAAUAGAUAAGCUUUUUAUUACCAGAAGACUGUCAAGUUGAAGAUAAAAGUUGCAGCCCACUUAAGCAGAAAAGUCUUCCAAUGGAUCUUGUGUCACUGAAAAGGAAUUCAAAUGGACAUAUGAUGUAGUAAUUGAGCAAUCCAGCAUUAAAUGGAAAGACUUUCUUUUUUUACCACUGAAGCCUUUUAUCAUUUUUAUAAUCCCUUUAUUUAUAGAACAAGGACAUAUUCCACAUGGUAUUACAGGAAUAAUACAUCAUUCACACCAGUUCUUGUUCAUAUUACAUACAUACUGUGACUAGCUUUAUAUGAAGCCACUUAAUGUGCAGUAUAUAAAGCUCACAGGUGGAAGAUCAUGGGAAAUCAAAACAGAAAUGACAGUUUACACACUGCACAAUUUUAAACACCAUAAAGUUACUGCCCUAUAGAAAUACCCAGAGUCUACAUAUAGUGUAUGUUUCUGCGCAUACAACAGCAUUGCACAGACAAUAGCCAAUAUUCUGUGAAUUCCACUUUUUACUACACCAGGGCUGAACUAUUGUUUUGUGUCAUGGUGUUUUUCAUAAAAAAAUUACAGUUGUAUACAUGAUGAUGCUCACGCAAGUGUAUUGUACAAGUGCACGUAGUAACCCAUUUGGUUCCCAGGUUGCUGCACAACACGCACAGGAGCAAAAUGUCACCCAAAUACGAAGACAAAGGGGCGUGUCCCCGAAACGUUGCAUCUCCGCACAAUAAACUAGCAGGGUGCUCCCUGCAACGCUAA